AUGUUUGUGCAUCAAUAUAUGUAUUAUGAAGGAGUUUAUAAUGCUGCAUCUUUUGAUGGAACACUGGGCAGUGAAUGUUGACAUGGGAAACCUACAGGACUGUACCAACAACAAGAAUACUUGUGGUCAGGCAGUGCAUUCUUUAGUUCUGUUCUCUGCUUACAUGACCAAGAAUCCUCGACACCUCUUGUUUGUUAGUCAAGGCAAUGACCUCCACUGGCCAGCCGGAGACAACAGUUGGAGACAAGCCGCAGGUGAGAGUUUUAGCAUGCCCGGAGGUUCCUCUUCUCGUGCUGCCUCACUAUACCGACAAAGGGUCAGCCUUCGUCCCUCCCCAUUGCUCCUACCACAGCCUGGGACACUGUCUGCGCACCAACAUCUUUCCAGGAGCUCCUCCGGUGUGGACGUCCCUGAUAAAAGACUCCUACAUCGGUCACCCCUUGCCCGCCCCUCCUAUAGACGCCCAGCGUUGGUACGGCCGCAGGACUGAUGACAGUGUGAAAUGGACAGAAAGAAACAUUGUGAACCAGAAGUUGAACAAGGCGCUAAAGGCAAUGGAGAACAAGUGGUCUAAAUGAGGCCAGGGUGCAGUGGCCAUUUCACACCCUCACCGCAGCGCCCAUGCACCCUCCACAUUAUUCACAUAUCUUUUUACACAUGCAAGCCUUUACAAACCCUUUCUGGUAUGUUCCGUCUCACAUUCACACACAAUGCACAAGCAUACACACACGCACAAGCAUACACACACAAACAUUGUCACAAACUCUCAAAACUACAAAAGCAACCCAUCUCCUGACCUCUAAACACAUUCCAACACAUUUGUAUGUAGACACAAGUUCAUGAUCUCUCUUUUUCCGCAAUAAAAGUAGAACAGCAUCCAUCAACUUAGUUACCUGAUGUUCUGUGUAUUGCAGAACUCACUUACUUCUGAGGGGAUUCAUAGCUGUCAUCAAAAAAUCUACUCAUAGUACUGAAACCCACUGAAUGUGAUUGUCGGUUAAACCAGCAUCUAUCAAUAUUCAGAUAAAACUGUAAAAUGGAAAUUCAAUUUUACCAACAAAAGAAUAUGACAUAAACCACAAUUAGGUGGUUACCACAUCAACCAAGGUUUUGUUUAAGGUUGGAAAGUUGUAGUAGCGGCUUUGUAGUAUUCUUCAAGUACAUUUGGAAGUAAUAUUGAAGUACAUUUUUACUUAAUCUGUGCUCAAGUCUCAAAUGUACAUGCAAGUAGCUAUAAUCCACCUGACCAUAUUAUCAAUGAAGUUGCUCCAAUGACAAGAAUAAGAAACUGAUGGAAUGAACGAAACAGGAAAAAAAUUAAAAAGCUCAAAAGAUGAUAAUGGUUGCAGGGGAUUUUUGUCUCGGCUGUCUUUUUACAGUGAACAAGUAGCAGACUAAUGCAAAGUGGCAGCAUCACUAACGUGGUUUCAACAACAAAAAACACCGAAACUGUCUUUUUGUCACAACCAUAUCUCUAUAUUUGUUGUGUUCAGUCUAGAGACUAUAGAGAUGAUUCAUACUGGGGCUUUAGAGGACAAACGUUUUUUUUAUACUGACUCACCUCACUCACUCAACAACAGUAAAUAAGCUGUCAUACCGAGCCCAGUGGAAGGAAUCCUGAGAUGUCAGUAAUUGUCAGUAAUACAUCUCAACAAAUCAUGUUCCCC